AUGCAAGCCGAUAAGAUCGAACAGUUGCCUGGACAACCUGAUAUGGUGGAUUUUGAUCAGUGUGUAGGGUAUGUUACGAUUGAUCCAAAGGCUGAAAGAGCGUUGUUUUAUUACGUUGUCGAGUCUGCAGUGAAUUCAUCAUUUAUCCCGCUGGUUCUAUUGUUAAAUGGAGGUCCAGAAUGUACCUCCCUUGGAUAUGGAGCUAUGGAAGAAUUAGGCCCUUCUAGAGUCAAUAGCGAUGGAAAAACUCUUUUCCCAAACUAUGAAACAUAUAGUGGAAUUGUACAAUUUUGUGGUUUGCUGAAUGGAAAUGUAUCUGAUAGAUGCUGGAGUUACGCAGACAAAACCCCUGAAGAAAUGAGAAAUAUUGAGAUAAAUAAAUUCUAUACUCUGGUUAGCUACUUUAAUCCAUGCUCAGAUACAUACAUGGAAUACUACUUGAAUAAUGCAAACGUGCAAAGCGCGCUCCACACCAAGCGCUCAAAUUGGACUGGCCGACCUGCUGCAGCCUUAUGCUUCCAUCCCAGAAAGCUCGGUGCCCAUGGGGAUGUCAGCUGGGUAUUUGGUUUCAAGUUACCAGCCACAGAGGUUUUUUUCAGAACUGUGACAACUUUGUUCACAGCAGAAGCAACUAUGGCAAUUACAAAUGUUGUUCAAGACAAAUGA